CAUGUCGUUUAAUUUAAAUGGUAUCAUCGGACCUAAACCAUAUCUUCCCAGUCUCGGACCGGUUGGCAAACCUCCAAGUUCUGCCAGAAUAGUUGCACUGCAUGGCACUAGCUCUCCUGUGCCCGUUUUCGCGAGCUGUUAAUCUACCAAACGCAGUUGUCGUUCCAAAACACUCAGUAUAAAUAAGAUCAUGUUUCCUUCACAACGCUACCAACCACAUCCCUCUCCUGGGACCCGGCAUUCCAGCUGUUCACCCAUUACAUUUUGCAGUACAUCAUGUUUUUCCUUUCUUUUGCUUCAAGCCUUGUGCUAGCAUGCAUCUUGCAGGUUGCGGCGGUCUCUUAUCGCGCACCUCCUGCAAUGCGUCGGGCGGAUGUCUCAGUUGUCACUCAGAUGUCGUCUACCGAUGUAGCUGAUCUGAAGCCAUAUGCUGAAUUUGCUCGUAUUGCUUAUUGUUCGCCUCUCAUCGUAGAGGGCUGGAAGUGUGGCAAAUCUUGCGAGGCGUUGCCUGAUUUCAAGGUUUCUCUCACUGGGGGUAACGACAACAGUAUCCAAUAUUACUACGUUGGCUACUGGCCGACAAAAAAUACCGUGGUAGUUGCUCAUGAAGGUACGGACCCAACUUCAAUCCUAGCUGUUCUUACUGAUGCCAAUGGGUUGGUGGAACACCUGGACUCCACGCUUUUCCCUGGUGUCAAUGGGAACGUCAAGGUUCACAGCGGAUUUGCCGACGAGCAUGCGAAAACUGCGAGCGCCAUCUUGAAGGAGGUGAAGAGCUUGAUCUCUCAAUAUAACGCCACGAGUGUCACACUGGUCGGGCACUCUCUGGGAGCCGCCCUCGCGGAGAUCGAAUGUGUGUUUAUGGCCUUGAACCUUCCCUCCAACAUCCAUAUCAAAGGUGUGACAUAUGGUACACCCCGCGUAGGAAAUCCAGCAUGGGCCGCUCUCUUUGAUUCCUUGGUAUCGGACUUCAAACGCGUUAACAAUAAGAAGGACAUUGUCCCGAUUGUUCCGGGGCCCGAGCUGGGCUACUCACAUGUCCAUGGAGAGGUCCACAUCAUAUCUGAUGAUCAGGUAGUCCUGUGUCCAGGUGACGAUGAUUCCACGGAUGAUCAGUGCACAGUCAAGAGUGUGCCCAACAUCUUUGCGGGCAAUAUCUUGGACCACUUGGGUCCAUAUCAAGGGAUUUAUAUCGGCUAUUGCCCACCGUAAUUGACAUAGACUGGGGCAGGCCUUACAUAUUGACAUUCGCGACCUUAGAGACCAGAAGGACAACUGAGGGUCUCAUAGAAUAGAAAGUAUUGUCAUACAAAAAAUACGGACACAAAUUGGAAUCUAAAAAAAUUAGCAUGGCCUUGUAUUAUAUACCUGAACGCUGGG